CGCGAACGACCAUAAGCAAACAGAAAUAAUUAAUAAUUACACAAAUAAAGCACAGUUAAUGAAUUUGUGGGGUUAAACGACCGCAGCGCUGUUUACACUUUUGACGCGCAAAUCACGGCGAAAACGCGCGUCGGAAAUCGCGAGUUACAUCGCUACGUCUCGCAGCGCGUCUGCAAAGUUCUUGGCCAACAAUUCACCACACACCGGAAGGCAGAGGAAGUGCAUGUACGCGGGCAUUUCCCUUUUCCAUUUGCAAACGUUACAUUUCGCCAGCGUUUGUGUGUUUUGUGGCAACGUUGCAUGUCAAAUUAUUAAACCACAUAUUACAUACAACAACAACAAUAGCAGCUAAGUGCAAGAAAACUUUUUGCAAAAUAAAGUUGUACCAAUCUGCCCCCAACGUCUGUCCACCGCAUACCACUAAAUGUACACCACAUACUGGCACUUUGUAUUUGCUGUAGCUGUUGUUGUUGCGAUUGUUAGCUGCUUCACCAACUCGCAUUGCUGAAGAUGAAGUCGGAAAAUUUCUUCACUGCCUUAGCUAACCUCAAUCAGGGCGCACGUCAGUCAUACGUUUCGCAACUGCUGAGCAGCGAUCACGUAACGCGUCGGCGCCGCUCAUCGUACGGCUAUUCGGAUAAGGAUAGUGUUUGUAGUUCGCGCAUCGGCGGCAAGCGGCAGCGUACAAGGCAAGCUCGGCACAUACCAAUGAAGUCGUCGAAGAGUGCGGCGCACAAGAAAUCUAAGCCGAUGGAUUACACAAACUAUGCAUAUAAUGAGGCCGUUAGCCGACUGAAGCUAAUGUUGGCCGAAUCAUAUGCCCCGCCCAGAGGAGGUGGCGCUGGUUCUACUGCUGGAGGCAACGGUGUUUCAGGGGCGUAUAUGCGGCACGUAAAUGAGGAUUCGACCGAUAACUACUCGGAUAAUUUGUCGGUCAUCGAACGUCCCGUCUAUUCGGAUAUCUCAAAGUAUUUGUCGCCAGCUCAGAAAUCACGCAUAAGUCCAGGCGCUCGCAGCAAGCCGAAACCUUACAAUGCUUUCUCAUCCUCUAAAGAGAACUUGACUCUACAAAUGCCCUAUGCGGCCAGCACUACGACAGCAACAGCACCACUCGAUUAUUAUACGCCCAAAACCACACAGCAACCGGUCACUGAUAGCGUCCACGCGCCUGUAGAGAUUUUCAAUUUCAUUGAAAAACAGGAGGACUAUAUAGAGCAACUAGAGAAAGAGUCCAAAUACUGCCGCAACGAGUUAAGUAAUUUGCUUGGUAAAGUCAAAGACGUCAUCAACGAGAAUACGCACCUCACGGAGACCGCACGUUCCGAGUUAGCCGCACUGGGUGGUGUCGAUAAGACACUACCCACAACGAGUCCUUCUUCAGAUAGCGACGACCAACAGCAUUAUAAAAAGAAGUCUACUACUACGCCACGCAGCAAGAAAGAUAACGCGUCUACCGUGAAGUCACCACGUUAUGCAUCGGCACCGAAUAUUGUCUAUGAAGCGCGCAUAAGCGAGCUCGAGGCGGAGCUUAUGCAAGCUAACAUUGAUCUGAAACGUUUGAAGACGGAAAACGAAGAACUCAAACGCAAAUUGGCCCACGUUGACCCACUAGUGCUAGCUGGUGCCCAUACACACGCUCCUGCAGGUAGUGCGUCCACCACCAACUGUGACACGCAUCGCAAGCAAAUCGAGCAACUACAACAGGAGAAGCAUGCGCUGGAAGACAGUGUACGCCAGCUACAGAAACUUUUAGAUGAUGCCAAGUCACAGCAGUAUACAAGCGCUUCGUCGAAGCGCUACAUAAAUGAUCUUGUGCAAAUGGAGCGUGCUCAAGCCGAGCUGGAGGUGAAGCAUCUGCGUGAGGAGCUCGAUCGGCAGCACGAACGUGUACGCGAACUGCAACAUGAGAUGGCGCGUCGUAUUGCAGACGAACGUGCCACUGCCGAGCGACGCUACAACACGCAGGUCGAUCAAUUGGGUGGCGAUCUGAGCAGUCAGUGGGAGCAGGUGGCCAAAUUGCAGUUGGAUUUAGAGCGUGAAAAACGCUAUGCAAAUGACAUGAAGCGUGAUCUCUCGAAUCGUAAUGCGCAAAUCGAAGAGUUGAAGAUGGAGUUGCGUUCCAAUCGCAACACCUUCCUCGCCGAUAUGGCGCAAGUGAAUGCGGAGAAACAAUCGUUGGAACAAGAGAUCACUGCAUUGCGACUGCAAUUGGAUCGUGCGGCGCGUGAGGCGAAAACCGAAGCGACGCGUCUGACCGCCGAGAUAACAUCGUUGCGACAGCGUUUGGAUCGUGGCGAUGCCGAUUUAUUGCAUUCCAAGCGUGAAGUACUGCGUCUCAAUGAUGAGAUUGCUAAUUUGGAGAAGGAGUUAGCAUAUGGUGAAAUGAAAAAUGAAAUUCGUCCCACCAAAAAGGAUUUAGACAAACGUAUCUCCGAAAUGCAGGACAAGCAUGCCGAAACGGUAAAUGAACUUGAGGAUAUGAUACAGAGUCAGAAGCAACUCAUGGAUAAAUUAACUAGCGAAUGCAAAACGUUGACCAGUAAACUCGAGGACACAACUCUUAAACACAAAACGGAAAUAUCAACUUUACAAUCGAAUGUAGAAUAUUUAAGCAAUCGCAUGCUAAACAGCGAGCGCAUUGGGAAGUUGGACAGUAAUCCAAUUUCCUACGGUAAUCUACCAGGCGCCAAAGCCACUCUCGACUACAAGCCGUCCACAUUUGGUACAGCCGACACCACACGCACCGCUACUGAUGACUACACCAAGCCCUCUCCGUAUAAUUACGAGUCCCUACUCGGUAAAUCCGGUUCUUCCGACAUCUAUGGCAGCACCGCUACCACUGCAAACAGCAGUAAUGCCACACCUGUUACAACCACUGCCAGUUCCAUGCACAACAAGCCCACAUAUGAGUCAACAACCAAUGAUAGCAAUGACGCUCUCAAUGACUACAAAUCCAGUUACAACAACAAGUACGGUCUCAACGAUCCCGAUGACGAAAAUAUCAAAGACAAUUUGGGAGAAGGCGAAAAGCGUCGAAUCAGCAACGAAGCCAUCGGCGGUAGCGCGAGUAUCUCAGCAGUCCCAAGCACCAUUGACACAACCAAGUCCGACUACGACUACACCAAAGAAUAUGACAAAGAUUACACAAAAGACUACAGCAAAGACUAUGACAAGGAUUAUACCAAGGACUAUACCGCCGGCGAGAUCAAUACCGUCACCGCCGGGGCAGACAUAUCGGGCAGCAGCACCGAUCCUAACGUGGUCGCUCCCAGCACCAGCAAUGACUACAAUACCGACUAUAGCGGCUACGAGGGUUACGGACAACAGCAAUAUGAUGGCAGUGGAUACGAUGUCUCCGGCUACGAUCAGUCAGCGUAUGAUGGCAGUCAGCAGCAAUACGCUGACGCCGGACAAUACGAUACAACUGGGCAGAGCGGCUACGACACCAGUGGCGGACAAGGAGGUUAUGGUGACUACACAGCUACCGAUUACGAUCAGUCCGCAUAUCAGUAUGACGGCACAGCCACUUUGGGCGCCGGUGUCGAAGGAGCAACAACUUCAGCAGCACCCAGCGUUAACACUGGAGAUAUCAACACAACAACAACAACUCCCGCUAGUCAAACAGCAGCAUCAAACAGUCCAACAUCAGCGACACCUGCCAGUGGAGUCGCCACGAGCAUUGCUGGCCGCUCAACAACGGAGAGCCGCAAUCAACCGCGAACGGGCAGUGGCGCUGUGGGGCCAGGAAGUGCCGGUAGCAGCGGAUCAGUCGGCGGAGGAAAAUCCAAUUUGUCACAACAGCCUACCACGUCCGCAACCAAAAAGUAGUUGCGCAGAAUGGGUGGCCGGCAGUGUAUGUAGUUCCAACGAGCUCUGCGAUCCCUUCGAGUUGGAAUUUAGCAUAAGUAGUCCGAGUUUGAUUCGUUCCUUCGGUUCGGGUCCAUGCACUGAAGUGGAAGACAAUGCUGAUUUUGAUUCGAUCUCGGAAAUGAGCAUUUCACCAGCACAAACGGCCAUUAGACGCAUAACGAGUACAGGCACUUUAGAAAAUGCAGUUAAUAUGAACAUUGUUAGUGAAGAUAAGGGCGUUAAUUAGGUUGGUUAA